AUGGGUAUGGAUGUUGACACGGUAGAACGAUCUGAGGCAGCAUCAGCCGAUGGUCAAGAUGUUGAGAAGACCGCGCCUCCGCCAGCUCAACCCGUCGAGAAAGUUCCCGAACCGACCUUUGAUACUGGCCUUACAGCAUGGCUGCAGGUCUUUGGCUCGUUCUUCCUCUUCUUCAACUCAUGGGGUGUGGUAAAUACAUGGGGCGUUUACCAGACAUACUAUGAACAAACUCUCCUGUCCGACAUGUCCUCGUCAACAAUAGCCUGGGUCGGUUCGUUGCAGUCCUUCCUUCUCAUGCUCUUCGGCGUUGUGACCGGUCCAUUGUUCGACGCUGGAUAUUUUCGCGCUCUUCUUGGUUUCGGGACUUUCAUGCUUCCUUUCGGAUUGAUGAUGACCAGCCUAUCAUCUCAGUUUUGGCAUUUUAUUCUAGCUCAAGGUAUCUGCAUUGGAUUAGCCUGUGGCUGCCUCUUCGUUCCAGCGAUUGCUAUCUUGCCUCAAUAUUUCCAACAGCGCAGAGGUCUCGCCAACGGAAUUGCCGCCACAGGAAGUAGCAUUGGCGGUGUCAUAUAUCCGAUCAUGUUCAACGAGCUGCAGAAGAAGGUCGGCUUCCCUUGGGCAACUCGAGCAAUAGGAUUCCUUGCCCUUGGAACAUGCUUAAUCUCCUUUGCAGUCAUGCGCAUGCGUUUCGUACCUACGGAGAAGCGCAAGUUGAUUCAGCUCGGAGCUUUCAAAGAGCCCAUCUUCGUGCUCUUCUCCAUUGGCAUGUUCAUGGGCUUUUUAGGUUUUUACAACUUCCUCUUUUACGUCCAGUCCUACGCCAUCGAAACCGGCAUCGUCGACGACAACCUCGGCUUCUACUUGCUUUCAAUGUUAAACGCAGGAUCUACCUUUGGUCGAAUCUUGCCCAACUUCAUCGCCGAUCAUACCGGCCCGCUGAACAUGCUCAUACCCGCCUCGGCCAUCACCGCCAUCCUUUCCUACGUCUGGAUUGGCGUCCAUACCGUCCCCGGAAUAAUCAUCCUCUCUGUCUUAUACGGCAUCUUCUCCGGCGGUUUCGUCUCCCUCCCUCCCGUGGUAAUGGCUUCAUUAACCAAGGACAUGCGCGAACUCGGCACGCGGAUGGGCAUGGUGUUUGCGAUUACAUCUGUGGGAUUGUUGAUUGGAACCCCGAUUGGAGGUGCUAUCUUGAGCGACUCGCACAAGUAUCUUGGGGUUCAGCUGUUCACGGCCUGCGCCUUGACAGUAUCGGUUGCCAUCUUUUUGGGCGUUCGGCUUUCUCGCACGGGUCUUAAGGUCGCGGUUCGAGCCUGA